AUGUGUUCAAGAGGCAUAUUUUAAUUAAAAUUCCUUCAAAUAUUUUAUUGCGAUUAUGGAGGAAGCUCUUCAAAAAUUAGACUUUUCUUACCAACUCUUAUUGAGCACCCUUUAUUGAAUCAACCUAAAAUAGACUUUCAAAUUUAUAUGAAAAAAAAUACUCACCCAUAUUUAAAUGGAAUCUAUGUGAAUGGAUAUUAGAAAUAAAUAUCUUUGAAAGGAUUGGAAGAUGAUCAAGAAAUAUUAGAUAGAAUUGCAUUGUUGAGAAAUUCAUUUGGCUAAUAAAGUGUAAGACAUGCAGGAAGAAAAGUGACAACACUCACACCCUCAAUCCAAGGGGGUUGGAAUGAGAAUUUAUUUAAGACUAACAUCUAUCCUAGACAUCAAAUGGAAAUAUCCAGGUCAUAUCCUCCAGUUGAAGUCCCAGAACCCAGGAUUGUACCAAGAGAUAAGCCAAUUGAUUUUUAUGAAAAAAGAGUGGACCCAUAUUAAUAAAUCUAAAAGCCAAGAUUGGGAGUUAAGAAAGCAACUAAUCUUUGA